AUGCUAACUCCACAAGACAGAAUCUCAAAAGUAUCUGUGACUCUAGCAGAUAUUCAUGACAUUGCAAAGUGGUACCACAAUCUGUAUCUAACUGAAAUCCCAUGGAGAGGUGAAUACUUCACUUGGACAAACAAGCAACAAGGAGAUGAUAGAGUCAGAAGCAGGCUGGAUAGAACACUUGGAAAUGAUUGCUGGAUGAUGCAACAUGACCAUCUUACCGUCAAUUAUGAAGAUCCUUUUAUUUCAGACCAUGCAGCAAUGUUGAUCCCUAUUACACAGUCCACCAUCAACAUCAAAGUGCCUUUCAAAUUUUUCAAUGUUUGGGCUGAUUAUUCUGAAUUUCCUCACAUAGUAGCUGAAGGAUGGAAGCAAAACCACAUCAGGGGAAGAAUGAAGAUUAUUUGGUAUAAGCUAAAAGAUAUUAAACCAAGGUUUAAGCAACUGAAUAAAGAGGUAUAUAAAGGAGUUACUGAGAGAAUUAAUCAAGCAUGGAAUAAGCUGAAGAGCAUACAAGCGCAAAUGCACAAUCAGUAUACUGAUGCACUAGGUGACCAAGAAAAUGAUUGCUUGCAGCAGUUGGAAUCCUGGAACCUCACUGAAGCUGCUGAUAUCAAAGAGGAACCGAUGCAAUUCUACAAAGCUCUAAUGGGAACAUCAGCCAAGCAUCUACAUGCAGUUAAUAGAAUGGUUAUGAAAAAAGGGCCAACCUUGAUACAUCAACAACAAGUAGAGCUGUGUGCUGAAGUGACAGAUGCAGAGAUAUACAAAGGCUUAUGCUCAAUAGGCAAUGAGAAAGCCCCUGGAAUUGAUGGCUACAAUGAAGUUUUCUUCAAAAAGACUUGGCCAAUCAUUAGGAAUGAGGUUUGA